AUGGGGUCGCUGAGACCCCGGGCCACAGCCGCCCGCGCUGCCUGCCUGCCUGCCUGCCUACGGUCUGGGGUCGCUGAGACCCCAGGCCACAGCCGCCCGCGCUGCCUGCCUGCCUGCCUACGGUCUGGGGUCGCUGAGACCCCAGGCCACAGCCGCACGCGCUGCCUGCCUGCCUGCCUACGGUCUGGGGUCGCUGAGACCCCAGGCCACAGCCGCACGCGCUGCCUGCCUGCCUACGGUGGGGUCGCGGAGACCCCAGGCCACAGCCCUGCCUGCCCUCCCUGCCUGCCUGCCUGCCCUCCCUGCCUGCCUGCCCUGACUGCCCUGCCUGCCCUGACUGCCCUGCCUGCCCUGCCCUGCCCUGCCCUGCCCUGGCCGGCCGCUUCCAACUACUCUGUUGUCGUCCUUUCCAAUAAAGCGCGGUGGGGUCGCGGAGACCCCAGGCCACAGCCACCCGCGCAUACGAACGGCAAAAUCGAAUGGUCCUCGGAAACGUAUCACCCCCGCCGCGGCCUCCGUCUAGGCGCGGUGGAGGCCGAGACGGCGACCGAGACGACGCCGAGGCGAGGGCCCACGGAGUACGCGGCCGCGCGCGUCGCGGACAUACCGUCGGCGUUCCGCCUGCUUGUCACGCCGCGGGUGAUCGACCUGGCGCUGGCAGCGACGAACCUCGAGGGCCGCAGGCGACUGGGACGCGACUGGAAAGCGAUGGACGCCACGGAGCUGCUCGGCUACCUCGGGCUGCUGAUCCUUGCGGGCGUGUACAGGUCCCGGAACGAGGCCGCGGAGAGCCUGUGGCACGAGGGCAGCGGCAGGGCCGUGUUCCGCGCCGCCAUGCCGAUGAAACGGUUCCACGAGUGCUCGAGGAUGCUGCGGUUCGACGACCGCGAGACCAGGGCCGCAAGACUGGCCUCGGACAAACUCGCGGCCAUACGGGACGUGUGGGACGAGUGGGCGCGACGGCUGCCUCUCCUCUACGACCCGGGCCCCGACGUGACCGUGGACGAGCAGCUGGUUCCCUUCCGCGGUCGAUGCGCCUUCCGCCAGUACAUGCCCAGCAAGCCCGCAAGGUACGGGCUCAAGGUGUGGGCGGCCUGCGACGCCGAGUCCAGCUACGCGUGGAAAAUGCAGAUCUACACGGGCAAGUCCUCGUCUGCCUCGGAGAAGGAGAAGAACCAGGGCGCCCGCGUCGUCAUGGACCUGACCGAGGGGCUGAGCGGCCCGCGCAACGUCACGUGCGACAACUUUUUCACCUCCUACGAACUGGCCCGGCGGCUCCUCGACGAGAGAGGUCUCACCGUGGUGGGCACGGUGCGCAAAAACAAGCCCGAGCUGCCGCGCGCCCUGCUCGACGCCAAGGGCCGCGCCGUCUUCUCGUCCAAGUUCGCCUUCACGCCCGCCGCGGCUCUCGUCUCCUACGUGCCCAAGAGGAACGGGAACGUGCUGCUGCUAAGCACGCUGCACACCGGGGACGCGCGGGUCAGCGCCGCAGGGCACGCCAAACCCGACAUCAUCCUGCACUACAACGCCACCAAGGGCGGCGUGGACAACCUGGACAAGCUCGUCGGCACGUACAGCUGCCGCAGGAAGACCGGGCGCUGGCCCCUCGCCGUGUUCCACAACGUCCUCGACGUGUCCGCCUACAACGCCUUCGUGCUGUGGCGCGAGCUCAGGCCCGAGUGGAUGCGCGGCAAGCUCAACAAGAGGAGGGCCUUCCUCGAGCGGUUGGGCGAGGAGCUCGUGACCCCGCUCGUCGAGAGACGCCGGCGUCUGCCUCGCACGGACGCCUCCGCCGCGCUCGUCAAAAAAGCCGCAGCUGCGAGGUCCUCGGCCGAGGUUGAAGAGGAGGCUGAGGAGGGGGAGGAGGAGGAGGAGGAGGAGGGCCACGGCCACGGGCGCGCGGAACCGGACGCUGCCGACGAUCCGACAGGGCCCGGCAAGCGGAAGAGGUGUCAGCGCUGUCCCAGGAGCAAGGACCGAAAAACCAGCAUCGUGUGCUGCGGCUGCGCGAGAUACAUCUGCGGGAGCUGCGUUAGGGCCUACUGCCCGGAAUGCGUGGACCCGUAG